AUGGGUCUAAUACUGUGCUCAUCCUAUUCAAAAGUUAAACAAAUGUCAAGUUUCAAUUUCAAUAAUAAUAAUAGUAUCAAUCCAACUAGCAGUAGUUUUGGUUAUGGUUAUACUAGUUUUGGAAAUAAUAAUAAUAAUAAUAGCAACAACAAUAUUACCAGUUCAACUAUAAAUAAUAGCAAUAAUAAUAAUAAUAAUAUAACAAGUGGUUUUAAUAUUUCAAAUAGUAACAACAACAACAACAACAAUAAUAAUAAUAGUAGCAAUAUCGGUAGCAUUGGUGGUGGUGGUAAUAGCAAUACAAGAAGUGGAAGUAGUAAUAAUUUAUUGAAUGUAUCAUCUUUAAGUUCGGUUGGAUCAUCUGGAAAUCUAUUGAGUAAAGAUGGAGUUGCCACUGGUGGUAGUGGUAACAGUAGUGGUGGCAUCGGAAUGAUGAGUGGCGAGUGUUGUUCAUCAAGAUGCAAUGCUAUCGCUUGUCGAGUUCCUCAAGGUGUUUGUCUCACUGUACAACGAAGUGCCACACCAGCUGCUACCGUUGACACUGCUCGGCGGCAUGACAGUGGAGGACAUCAACCGUAA